AUGAUGCAAAGACAUCAAGAAAAUCAAGAGUUCCAGCCUGGGGAACCUGGCUACAUUUCGCCCGACUCUACCCCGAAGAGGUCUGUUCUGGACAAGAUCAAGUUGUUUCACCAGAAAGUUUCUGACUCCGAAGAAACCAAUCAACCUUCGAAGAAAUGGGAAGUGAGCAAAAAGGCGGAGAAUUCUUCUGGAAACAAAGCAUCGCGCUCGAAAGAGACGAGUGCUUCUUGUCAAGUUGCGGUAACUUGUGUUGAGGCUCGUGAAGUACCUCUCCUUCCGGGGGAUCCGCUGCCCAACAGUUGUUGCCGAGUUUCUCUCAUAGCUCCGGGAAUAGAGCCCGUAUCGUCUGAUACCAAGAUCGUUCGAGGAUCGGUCUCCCCCAAGUGGAAGGAACGGUUGAUCUUUGGGAUAGAGGAGGACCUUGUAAAGUGGACCUGCAUUCGUAUCGAACUCGUCGGAGUGUCGGAGAAUGGGGAAACUGUAAACCAUGGGAAGAUCCGCUUGAUUCACGUCUCUGAGUUGCAAGAUCAAGCCUGGGUUGCUGGAUGGUUUGAGCUGUACGACGAGGAUGAGAACCCUGUGGGCAAGUCUGCAAUACGAGUUACCAUACGCUUCAACAGGCAGCAAGCCAAAGGUUCGAGAGAGUUGUUGCAGCAUCUGACAGACUAG